CCCCGGAGAAAGUGCGGGCGAGGAGGGACGAGCAAGCCCCAUCGGCGAGAGAAAAUAGAGCGGGGAGGCCGGGGCGGCAGCGGUGGAGGAGGGGGAGGGGAUCGACGGAGGCGCGAGACCGGGGGAGAGGAGGUGCCGCGCGCGCCGACGUGAGAGCUCGGGGGUCGCGUCGAGGCCGCAGGUCCAACUAAUGGCUUAAAAACUUAAGCUGAUACUUACUGUGGAUGCUGAAUCCAACUCAGUUAAUCUGAAGCUGACCCAUGACGACCUAAAUAAGCUUUCUUGCUUCAGUUUCCUCUGAGAACAAAUCUCAUGAAAUCAUCACUAGUAACACUGUAAGCGGCAUCUAUUUCUUGUUGAAGAACAUCAAUUCACCGGUGGGACAGAAACCCUGAAGUCUUCGCAAGUGAGCCACCUACAGCAGACAAUGUCAGCUUCGGAAUCCAGGAUUUCUUAUCAGCAACCCCAUGAGAGUAUAAGUCAGGUCAAGGCCUGCCGAUGUGGCCCAGGAGACUCCAAUUUUCAGAACACUAAUAAAUCUGAAGCUGGUGAAAAUUCACCAACCACUUGUCCAAACUGUCAGGUUCUUAAGAGUGGGAAUUUACUGCUCUCGUCUAAAGGGAUAGGCUGGACAGUAUGGAAAAAGCGCUGGUUUAUACUUACAAGGACAUCAUUAGUGUUCUUCAGGAGUGAUCCUAAUGCUCCCCCUCCCAGAGGAAGUGAACCAAUUGUUACUCUUGGCGGAAUUGACUUGAAUAACACUGCAAGUAUGAUAGUCAAAGAAGAAAGGAAAACUAUAACAGUGGUCUUUCCUGAUGGUCGCGAUGGACGCACUUUCACCCUUAAGGCAGAAACUACAGAAGACCUAAAUGAGUGGAGAAGUGCAUUAGAGAGUGCUCUGGCUCAGGCACCCAGUGUUGUGAAUACAGCUGGACAACAUCCAGUUGUCAGCUCUGACAUAACAGAACCUGCUGAAACAGCUGUUGAACAAUCGGACGGUACAUCUGUAAUUGGCACACCAGCUGAAUUUGCACUUGUUGAUGCUGAUGGCAAUACAGCAUUCUUGGAGAAGGCUUUAAAAUUCAUUGAAGAUUAUGGUGUGAAGGUUGAAGGAAUCCUCCGUCAGUCUGCUGAUGUUGAAGAAGUCAAACGCAGGGUUCGGGAUUACGAAAAGGGAAAGAAUGAGUUCUCCCCAGAAGAGGAUGCACAUGUUAUUGGUGACUGUAUUAAGUGCAUUCUUCGAGAGAUGCCAUCUUCUCCAGUUCCGGCACCAUGUUGCACUGCCCUGGUUAGAGCUUACCGAACUGACAAGACAAGAAGACUUGAUGCUAUGAAUAGAGUAAUAUAUGAAGUUUUCCCAGAACCAAAUCGCCAAUUGUUGCAGAGGAUUCUCAAAAUGAUGCAGAUUGUUGGAUCACACAAAGCUGUGAAUAGGAUGUCUGCAUCCGCUUUGGCAGCUUGCAUGGCACCACUUCUUCUUCGGCCUCUUCUUCUUGGUGAAUGUGAAAUUGAUAGUGACUUCAGUAUGGCUGGGGAUGGUUCAUUCCAGCUGCUUCAAGCUGCUGCUGCUGCUAACCACGCUCAAGCUAUUGUUAUUAUUAUGCUUGAGGAAUAUGAUCAAAUAUUUGAUGAUAUUGAAGAUGGUUCAUACUCUUCAGAUGCUUAUACCGAGUCUGACGUUGACAAGGAAUAUUCGACAGACAAUGACAUCCCUGAGGAUGAUGGUUCCUAUGGUUCUGGUGAAGAUGAUGUUGAAGAAGAUUUGAAUGAUAAUACUGAGCCCUCUUCUGGCAGCAGAAUUCGAAAUACAGAUGACCAGGUUAAUAACAAUAUCCCUGGCCCUGCGUGUAAUGACAACGAUAAAGUUGUUCAACCUCCUGUGAAGACCUUGAGAAUAGAACAUGGUGCGCCAUCAGAAGAUAGUAAUCAAAUUUCCUCUCUUCCAAAAGGGGAUGAUACCUCUCAACUGGAGAGCAACCUUCCAUCCCAAUCAAAACAAGAAUUAUGUGAAUCAAAGAGAUCCAUAGAUCAUAUACAAAAACCAAAUGCCCAUUCAUCAUCUUCGAGAGCAGAGCUUAUGGAGAAAACAAGCAGCUCAACUAAUGAAAGCAAAUGGAACUCAUGGGGGCGUACUUCAGCAAGAAAAGACCUCUCAACAGAGGAGGCAGACUGUUGCAAUGAUGAUGAUGAGGCUCAUAUUGUGAAGCUUGAAAACAACAAGAGUCAUCUCCAAUCUAAAAUUACAGAGGAGGUAAGAGAAAAUACAGUCCUCCAGGCAAGUCUAGAAAGGCGAAAAGGAGCACUACAUGAGCGCCGUGUAGCACUUGAAAAAGAAGUGGAAAACUUACGAGACCAGCUGCAGAAGGAGAGAAAUUUAAGGGCUUCAUUGGAGUCCGGGUUAAUGAAUAUGCGAAGAGGACAUGUGUCUUUCCCGUCAACGAUAGACAGCAAGACUAAGGCUGAUCUUGAGGAAGUUGCUGCCGCUGAAGCUGACAUCAUGAACUUGAAGCAAAAGGUUUCUGAUCUUCGUGGACAAUUGAACAACCAGGCCCAACUGAGUUCCACUUCAUUAUGUGAAUCAUGCAACAACAAGCGACUUCUAAAUGCAGACAAGCUUGUCGAAGGCGAACAAAAUGCUACCCUUUCUCCAGAGAUUAGCUCCUCAGUCAAAGCACCAUCAACUGUAAUGUCUAAUUCUGUACCUGACAUGUUCUGGGCUACAAACCAAAUGGUUCAAAAGAUGUUGAUUUCCAAGGAUGGCCAAGACAGAUCACUUGCCACAAGGUGGAACUUUGCGCAGAACAGGGUUCAAGGUUCAAAUACCAAUUCAAGUAAUAAAACAGAGGAAUCUGGGGUCGCAGCCUCCUCGGCAUUAGCCAAGCUGACUAAUCGACUCAAUUUUUUGAAAGAGAGAAGGGCGCAGCUUGCUAGUGAGAUGCAAAACUUAGAUCUGGGUCGCCCCCAGGCCCAGGGGCCUACAGCUACAGCUCCUCCGAAAAGAGAUUCCAGCUGAGAAGUAAAUUUGUGUUACUGCAUAUUGCUGGCAAUGUUUUCGGAAACUUUGAUUGGACAAAGGUUCGAGCCCUGCUUUUCUUCUAAGUGCAAUGCGGGGAGGCAGUCUGCCUCUUCCGCCUCGUUUUUUUUUAACUUUGAUUGGACAAACAACCUAGUUAUAGAGUAACAUAUUCUGGACAUCAUGCUGGUUACUCGUGUCUUCACCAUGAUGUUAUGGUAUAUAUACCAGUUCUGUAGCAAAAUAACUGACGGUCAACCUGGUAUGUACUUAUUCUCUUCAAAUACUCUGGGCCACAGCCCCAGUACAGUUGCCGGGCUGUUGGCCAGUUCGAUAGCUUGAGGUACGCGGAGUGGUAUCUAUUAUUCUUGCUGUACCUCGGUUAAACUUAUAAUCAAGCUUUGUAAGAAUACAGUCUGUCUUUAUGGACUGUAUGAGCUAAUAGCAGUUCCAGUUCCAAAA